AUGGUUAUGCCCCCGAAAUUAGAUAUCCCAGUACUGGUACCGCCUUUUGUUUCGAAGAUCUCAGUGGUCAUUGAGUCUGCACAGGACGACGACCUGGAGAUCAUCAUCAGGAGGCGGCCAUAUGCGCCCCAACAGCCCCCAGUCGAAGCACGACAGCCGCUCACCGAAGCAGCGCAGCCUGCCGAAGCACCUGUCGAAGCACCAGAGGCGCCUGUCGAAGGACAAGAGGCACCCGCCAAUGCCUCCGUUGACGAUCCUCCCUUCUCUCGGUACCCCCGAAAUCUUUUUUACCCUCCCUCGCCCUCCCCUGUCUCCGUGCCCCCAGUGGGAAAGGGAAAAGGAAAAGCCAAAGCAGUGGAAGAGGAUGAUGUUGUCAACGAAGAGGGAGACGGACGCUUCGAGGUGUACAGCGAAGAAGUCUGGGCACAGUCUGGUUCCUUCGGGGAUCAGCCAGAGGCGUCUACUUCUAGGGCUGCCUUGAUCCGCCGCAGACGAUCACCUCUCUUUUUCCCUGCCUCCUCCUCGGCGGGUCCUGAUGAGAUUGAGGAGGAGGAUGUGUCGGGUGGUAUUGCGACGCAAGGUACGGUCGAAGAGCCGAUUCAUGUGUAUAGCGAUUCUCCCUCCCCGCCCCCAGCUCCUGCUCCCCGCCCCCAGACGCCUCAUCGUAGUCCCCCCAAGCCUGCUCUGCUCAAUCGCCGCAGCUUUCACACUGACGUUGAUCGUCAAGAGGCGGGCUACGGGGAUAUACGGGACAUGUUCAAAAAAAGUAAAAGGUAUCUGUAA